UCAGGUAAAUACUGCCCUGCCGUAAAACUAUAAAGCCCAGCUUAAUCGAUCGUGAGCUGAAUGAAGCCUUUCUGCGAUUACUACUGACAUCUGCUCGUGGGUUGGACUUGGAGCGGAAGCGAGGAGCAUCUACCAAUUCCUCCGCUGUUUGUUGCGACGAACACCGGAGGUGGAGAAACCCUCGAUCGGCGCCGAUCGCAGGCCGACGGUGGCGAUGAGGCCUUACGUGAGAUCGAUCGACAUCAACGCCCUCGCUCAGAGGGUGGAAGUCGACAACCGCAUCUCCCUUCCCUUCUACUUUCGCAUCGCCGAUAAUCUCCUCAAGCAGGCUAGAAUUUAUAGGGAGGAGAAAAAUAUCAUUGAUUUGUACAUCAUACUUCUCAGAUAUUCAAGCCUGUUGUGUGAGACAAUUCCCUGCCACCAUGAAUAUCAGGCACUUCCUCUUGCGUUUAAGGAGAAAUUGUUAGCUGUAAUGAAUGAACUAGAAUCGCUAAAGCCAGAAGUUCAACGCCGAGUUGAUGAACUUAACCGUGAGCAUAUGAUACUAAAUUCUAGUCAGAAAAGGAUCUCCACUAGUUCAGCUCCGGCUAAGACACAAAUCCUCUCUAAUUCACACAUUGAGCAGAUGCCUGUAAGUAAUACAUCUUUGUCCUCAUGGAGGCCUUCUAACAAUAAGAUUCAAAUUGUGUCGCCAAACAACUUGCAGACAGAGAGAUCAUUUCAGAAAAUAUCCCUUGGCCUACUUCAUCCAAAAGAAGAAACCUUAUCUAGGCACUCCAUUUUAGGGUCUAAUGGGCUUUGGGGUCCCAAUUCAAGACCAAUUACUGGUAGAAGGGUCCAGUAUCCAAGCAAUUCUGAGUUAAUUCAAGAUGCAAGUUCAAGGCUGAUUCAAGAUGUGCAAUCCAGUUCAGCUGUGAUAAAUGAGGGCGAUUCUAGAAAGAACAAUUAUGAUCUGGACUCAGUUCUGUCCCUUGAUGAUGGUAGAUGGUCUAUUGCUGUAGAGGAAUCUGAUUCUAUUAUCAAAACCGCAGCUCAGGAAGAUUUUGCUCAUUUGAACAUAAGGCAACCAUCUCCUCCUCCAGUUCUAGCCGAAGUGCAACCUCAGUUGUUUGCAAUUCCCCCAUCCAGAGUUGCUGAUCCAAGACCAGGCCCUGCAAAUCCUUCACAAGAAGGAACAAAGUCUUUUCAACAUAUGCAUGUUCCAGUAAAGAUGAUGGAAUCAUUUUUGCGGCUAGCGGAAAAGAAUACUUUCAAGAACUUGGAAACCUGUGGAAUUCUUGCAGGUGCAUUGAAAAAUAGGAUGUUUUAUGUGACCACCUUAAUAAUCCCAAAGCAAGAAUCAACAUCUGAUUCGUGCCAAACUACUGAUGAAGAAGAAAUAUUUAAUGUCCAAGACAAGCUCUCUCUGUUUCCUCUUGGGUGGAUUCAUACUCACCCAACGCAGACAUGUUUCAUGUCAUCAAUUGAUCUCCAUACUCAUUAUUCAUAUCAGAUUAUGUUACCAGAAGCAAUUGCAAUUGUUAUGGCGCCAACAGAUACAUCAAGAACACAUGGUAUAUUCCAUUUGACAGAUCCAACAGGUGUUAAUCUGAUACGCAAUUGUCAAGAACGCGGAUUCCACCCACACGAGGAGCCUCUUGAUGGCACUCCUAUUUACGAACACAGCUCUCAUGUUUACAUGAAUACCAAUAUGAAAUUUGAUGUCAUCGAUCUUCGUAGCUUGUGAUUCAAGCAUUUUGCGGAAGUGUGUCCAACUCACUGGAGAGAUCUUAGAAGCAACAUUCUGUUUAUACUCCGGCAAUUUGCUUGAUCCAUCCACGUACCUAUCCAUGCUCAAAUUCCAACUGAUAUCCUCAUGUCAUAUGUUCAUGUUACCCUAUUUAUCGAAGCAUGUAUCCAAUUGUGAGCGACGAGUGUUAAACCCAAGGGAGGCACCUUGUAUCUCUUUGCUUUGGGUGUUACCUUGUUUAGCAUUCGCGUAUAUGUCAUUCCUCCAACACUUGGAACCGAAAAAAAAAAUGAGCUUCUAAUGGUUGCAAUGGAUGUUGUGGCUAACGGCAGUGAUUUUUAUCUGGGAGUGGUGGUGAUGAUUGGAUAUAUUAUUUUGUUAUUAAAGAUGAUUAAAGUUGUGACCAAUAUCUGCGUGGAACCUUCCAGUUUUAUUAAAUCACAUUAUUUUUAAUGUGUAUUAAAUGUGUAAAGAAUAAUUUUCAGUUUUACUAGCAUGCCAAGUCCAUUAGUAAUUCUAAGUUUAGAAUGCAUAUGGAUUUGGUUUUUUACAUUGUGAUCUCUUUGGCUCCAUUUUAUUGUAACGUGGGCACAUGUUGAUUCCUUCACUCCAGACGUUUUUUAUUGUUGGCCUCAUAAUGAAAUGAAGGCAGUAAAUUAUUAUGAUCCA